UCAAAAUGGCGGAUGAUGUACAACAAGAGAUGGUGGAAUGUUUUGAUGGUUCCAAGACUAUAGCUGGUUGUGAAAAACUUGAUGGCACAGGAAGCAUGGGUGGGUUGGCAACACCUGAAAAGUCGGCGGGCCAGGUUAAUAUGGAAGCUGAAUCAGUAUUGGUUCCUGAUGGAACAAGUAUGGAUGUUCCAGAGCAGGUUAUGAGAGUGGAGGGUAGCAGCUCAGAUGUGGUGGAACCUCUGACACCAGCAACUGACAAAAGUCCAUCUGAGUCGGGUCGUGUGACCCCAGCCAGCCAGAGCGAUCAAUCAGCUUACCUGUCUAGCUCAGAGAAGAGCACAACAAGUCACAAGUCAAAGAUCACUGACCCGCCUACUAGGCAGAUAGAGUUUGAUGCUGCGUCUACGUCAUCAGGCUCUGUGAAAAACGAGGGUUCAAAGAAGGUUCCCCAGCGCCAGGGCCUGCAGUGUAGGAAGGGAGAGAAGAUUGAGGCUAUGGACUACCUGCAUCAAUGGUUUCCUGCAAAAAUACGGGCCGUGAAUGAAGGGGAUGCCAAGGUUCUUGUCCACUAUGAUGGCUGGAAUCAGCGCUACGAUGAGUGGAUCACCAUGAACUCUGACCGCAUCAGACCGCUGAUAAGGCAUUCAAAGAGGAAGGAGAAGUCAAAAAGAGUCAAAACGUUUCCUGUGUUCCUUCAGGACCAUAUGAUUGGUGACCAGGUAUACGCAAAAUGGACUGACUGUAAAAUGUACCCAGCAAAAAUCACUAAUAUACUGCCCAGUGGUUCAUAUGAGGUGAUCUUCUAUGACGGAUUUAAGAAGCUGGUACAGCCCAUUAAUGUUCGCUCCAUGCCGGGGGGAAGUAAGAGAGAGGACCAGGCAGACCCUGCAUUGGCUGGUGGUGAUAUCAGUGUGGCUGGUGUCGGCAAGAGUGGUCCAGCCAUCCUGCCUCCAAAAGCGUUCGUAGUGGAACAGGACCAUAACCCAUACAAGUGUCACUUUGAGGGUUGUAACAAGAGUUUCCGCAAGGCACACCUGCUAGACUACCACAUCAAGUAUUACCACAUGACCGAGGGGGAUCCACCUCUGCCACCUAAGAAGAAGCGGAGAAAGACUACAAGCACUUGUUCAACAGAGUCUGAACAGGGUACCAGUUGUUUUAAAAAGUCUGCUGUGAAGAAGAACCGUAACCUAUCCACAGAGGGCGCGCUGUAUCAACACACUGUGAAGCUGGAGGUCCCGGAUGGGGCGGCACCCCCUACAACACAAGUUGACCGGGGAUACUGUGACCAGUUUGCUAUGCUUCAAGGAGCAGGGACGCCGGGCUCCCGCACUAUAUAUACGAGAAUGUUGGCUGCAGUGACACCGGGGUCGGUGGAUGGAACCCAGAAUGAGAAGUACUACCUGCGCCUUCAUCUUCUUCAUAUGGAGGCUGGCAAGGUUCUCAGGGCAACAUUCGACUCAAUUGUUAAACCAAAUAACCUGCUGACUGAACUGAGGAAUCACAAACGCGUAAUUAAUAAAUUGCAUAAAGAUGGUGUAAUUUCUAGGGACCAAUAUCGUCUGCUCAAUCCUAAUCCAGACUCACAAAGGUUUGACGUUAGUCUGCUGAUUGUUCUGCUCAGAAACAUCAGCAACUUGCAACCAAACAAUCCUAUUUGGAAAGAGAAUGACAACAACAAAAUAACAAACUACAUGCACCCUAUCAUUUCAAACAUCGUGCGGAUAAGGAAUCUUCGUAACAAGAUGCAACAUAAGAAUAUUGCUUAUCUUGAACAAAAAGAGUUCGAAAAGAACGGGAGUUUGCUGGAAAAUGCGAUGGUAACACUUUGCCAGUCAUGUGGGCUGAAUGACGUGAAAGCUGAUAUCGCCGAGCUGAUGACAAAGACCCUCGACGUUGUGACGCCCGAAAUGAAAAACCUUCGGGAGACAACUUUAUGGUUCUUUGAGGAGAGCUGUCGUGAUAAAUUCUACGUGGAAACAGCCCGUUUUCAAGAAGCCAUUCGUUUGCUAAAAGAAAAGCAUUUCAUCGUGCUAACUGGCCUUCCCGGGGAGGGGAAAACUGCAAUGGCAGCCAGGCUGGCCCUUGCUGACGGCACAAAGCCGGAAAACUGCCUAACACUUCAUCAUGCCCGAGACUGGAGAAAAAUUGAUUGGUCAUUAAAGCUGUUUAAUACAGUAAUUGUAGACGAUAUCUUUGGAGGAGGUGCACUCAACCAAAAACGUGUUGCUGAUUGGAUACCGUACCUGCCUGAAAUGGAGAGAGCUGCAAAGCAGAAACGUUUGAGAAUCAUAAUUACCACCAGGCACUACAUAAAAGAGGAGGCUUUGGAAGAAAUGGACAAGCUCAUAAUGUUUGAUGACAAGGAUGGAUACGUUUUGCUCUUGUCGUCAAAGAGGCAUUUGACGUUUAACGAGAAGAAAGAAAUUCUAAUGUCAAGAGCAAAGAAAAACAACUCUGAGCACAUGAUUGAUACCUACCGUAUUAGGUACGAAGAUUGUGUGAGGAAUGCAGAGGAAGUGAUGAACUUAGAACAGGGUCAAAGAAAUGACCUUGUGUUUGGAUUUCCACAGUUUGCAGAAUUGUUCGUCCGAAGUGAAGAGUUGAUCAAGCUCGGCUCUGUUUUCUUUAGCAAACCGGAAAUACACUUCAAAACAUAUAUUGACCAGUUGUACAAAGGCAAGGAUCCAGAGCAGUUCCACAAGUUCUUGGCUUUGGUUGCUGUCUGGGCAGAACAGCAUAUGACAAUGAAGGAACUUGAUUUACAAAAUGCAGACAAAGUAUCCGACCACGUAAAAAAUGUUGCAAAAUGUUUUGGAAUUGAUGUUAAUAACCCAUUCCUUGAAACUUUAAAAUCUUCUCUGAAAAGGCAUGUCCAUGACCUGUUGCUGUUGAUCGAUCAUUCUGGGGAGUACACCUUUAGUCACAAUGUGAACGGGGACAUGGUUGGUGUAGUCCUUGGAAGUCACAAACUCCUGGAAUGCAUUGAAUUAUGCCCGAGAGAUUUCCUGAUGGAACGCGUUACAAUCGAACCAACCAGAGAGGACGAGCUACGUGUUGUAGUGCCAAAGAAAUACUAUGAUGCUCUGUGUGAAAAGUUUGCAAAAAUGAUUGGGCGACAAAACUGCAAUCUUGUUGCAAAUGAGCCGCCACAUAACGAAUUCCAACAGCUCCAACGGAAAGGUCCUCGCCCUAACACCGUUGAUGUACUCAAUGGCAUUGACUUUGGUAUACUGAAACACAGCGCAUUGAAAGACGAAGGUUUCGUGAAACAGUUCAUCAGGUACAUCCGUGAAAAGAAUCUCGAUCAGGAUCUUUUCACUGUUCCUGUAAUGAAAUUGACCGGAUACUUCCUCGACUACGGGAUCAAAAUGACAGAAAUGGUGUUGUAUCUACCGGGUUACACUCUAUACAGUGGACUAAGUGUGUUAGCAAAAGAAUUGCUUGAGCAAGACAUUUUUCCAAAGGACCAAGUCGAUCCACUUCUAUUCGCAACACAUUCCGGUGAUAUUGGCAUGAUGAAAUUACUUCUGAGCCAUGGAGCGAAAGUUUCGGGCGACACAAUAUUUGUCGCGGUGCAUAAAAGAGGAAACAUGUUUGAAGCAAACCAGGUUCUCGAUACAAUAUUUGAAUACCAAGGUAUAGAUAUCAAUGACAAAGGAAACGCCGUUAAUGGGAAUUAUCCGUUGAUUGUUGCAGCAAGAAAGGGCUUUACAUAUGCAGUGAAAUGCAUGUUGCAGCAUGGCGCUGAUCCGUCCGUGAAAAAUGAUAAGAACAUGACGGCACUGCACAAGGCAGUUAUCUAUAAGCAUGCAUAUAUUAUCAAACUUCUCAUUGACCAUAAUUCGCCAUUAGACGCGAAGGGUGGCACAUUUAAGAGGACGACUCUUCAUAUCGCUGCUGAUCUUGGUAUGAGUGAAACAGUUAAACAUUUAAUGAAAAAAGGCGCAAACGUGAAGAUAAAGGACACUUUUGGCCUCUAUCCAAUAUUUCUUGCAGCAAUCAGAGGACAUUAUGACACAGUCAGUAUUCUUUUAAAGCACGACAAAAGUCAGGAUAGUCUUCGGAUUGUACCUUCUGGCAAGAGAUGUUUCAUCAAGGGCAUGUCAUUGAUGCAUGUAGCAGUUUGGAAGAAUGACAGAAAGCUGAUCCAGAUGCUAAUCGACGGGAAUGCAAACCCAAAUGUGAAGGACUUCUUUGGCCAGACCCCGCUGUUAUAUGCAAUCAUGACAGGUAAGAAGACUGCAACGCGCCUGUUGCAAUAUGCGGACAAAACAGUGCCACAGACACAGGGAUACACGCCAUUGCACGCUGCCAUUAUCAAAGGAAAUUUCAAACUUGUAGCCAAACUUGCCGCUGAAGUAAAUAUCAAUGAUGUUGACAAAUACGGUCGGACACCUCUGCAUGUUGCGUGUGAAAAAGGGGAUAUAAACGUUGUUAAUCUGUUGCUGAAGAAACACAAUGCAGAUCCGCUAAUCAUAACAAAUCAAGGAGACACAGUUUUCCAUAUCUUGAGACAAACUGAAAAAAAAAGAAGUCACGAGGAACAUUGUAAGCGCCGUUUGAUUGAGAUGCUUUUACUCGAAGCUCAUCCAGCAAUAUUUGAUCGUGUAAAAAGUAUGCCGAACAACAAGGGAGUGUAUAUUACAGACGGUCUAAAACUAGCCUCGAAGGACCUGAUAACAAUCAACGUUUUGAAGCAAGCGAUAAAUUGCGACUUUGACGAGAUAAGCGAUGACGAAGAUGAUGACGCAGGGGCUAAAGCUUUCUCUACAAGAGUCGCGUUAGCUGGGAGCACAGACAAUUUAAGAUCACUUCAGGAUUUGCUGAAUAUUCAGUUAAGUGAAAACUACUCAGAUGAAGACGAUGAUGACGAAGGCGAUUCUGAAUAUGGGAUGGAUUUUGGAGGAGAUGAUGAUCUUUUCGAUAAUGAUGACGAUGGCGAUUCUUAAUAUGGGAUGGAUUUUGUAGGAUAUGAUGAUCUUUUUGAUAACGAUGACGAUUUCAUGGACUAUGACAUGUACUGAAUUACUUAAAAACAUAUUUUUCUCAGAUACGUAUUCAGAAACAUAUUUAGUUUAAGCUGUUAAACGUCGUUUGUACAAUGGUAUUGAAUUAAAUAUGCAAAAUGAAUCAGGCUUAACGGUUUUUGUGAAUAAAUUAUUUUUAUAAGAAUAAAUACAUAUCUGUUUUAAUUGCUGUGACAGUGUCUUGAAAUGAUGUUACACAAUUUUAAAAACCACGAAGAUUAUAUUUUGAUAAACAUCAUCUUGCAUGGUUCAACAGUAGACACGUAUAGAUAAAAUGUCGUAAACUAUUUAAGCUGAUUCAUAGGCUUUGCAAAAUGUUCGUUUUGACCUUGAAAUACAUAUGGUGUGUUUACUUCGCUUAAGCUUAAUAUAAAUGCUGUUUUAAAUGUCAAUUAUCGUGUAAUUCUUCGACAUUAUUAUUUGUACUUUUUUUGUUAUCAAUUGUACCGAUAAUAGACUGAUUAGUUGUGUGAAUAAGGGAAACACAUUUCGGAGUUUAUGUCGGUCUUGUAUAGAAGUUCCUAUAGCAAAUAAGAACAUUAUGUUCACAUUCACGAAUAAAACAGUAUAUAAUUAUAUGAUGCUACAUUUCAUUGGUUUUAAUGGGAAAAAGGGAGAAAAAACUUUUAAUUGUUAAUUGAAGCGCACUGACCAUUUUAAUUUUUCUGUUUUUUCUUCUUUAAAAAUUGACAUGUAUAAAAAGGAAAAGUGUAUAAUUACUGAUAUCGAAGAUAAGUUUUUAACAAUGGUGCUUUUUAUGACUUUAUUAUUGUAUGGUUAUUUAUUGAAUACCACCAAAAUAUAUAUAUAUAUACAUAUGUUAUGAAAUUUAUAAAUUAAUUCACCUCUCAAAAUGUUAACGAAAAUAGAAAACUGGCGAUGUAUGUUUAUAAAGCUAUAUAUGUUAGGAAAAAAUAUUUCAAUUACUACGGAUACAUAUUGACAAUAUCUCCUCACGCUUUGGUUGGUUCUGUAGUUUUGUAUGUAAAGUUUGAUAUAUAUUAACACAAGUAUCAUUAUUAUUAUAACUAGUGAUAGCCUAUACGAUCGUUAUUUCACACAGAUCUCUCGCUGUCAUAUAUUGUCAUGUUUUGAAUUUACUCUACAUGUAUACAAUAGUUAUAAGUUUUGUAUUCUAUGCGAUGCCAUAUAUGUUCUAUAUAUUAUUAUUAUGUAUUGAUCACUUGACAGCUUAUAUAUAUAUAUUAUUUUCUCAAAUGUAUACACAUGGACAGUAUGUCUAAAUGUAUUUCUGAAUAAACUCUAUUAAGUUAAAAUGGUUAAAUUCUUAUUAUGUAACUUGAUAUUGUUUGACUACUGACUAUGAAAUAUCACAUAUAUGUUUUACUGCUUGUGUACGCAUGGACAUAUUGCCUAAUGCAUUUGAAAUAAACUCUAAACUCUGUAUAAUAAUACCUUACUUAACUUUGUUUUCUUACUUACACAAAGCUCGAUUAUUGUGGCACAUGCCUUUGGCAGCAUCCGUUCUCCAUGGACACACCUCUCGUUUACCGCCAUUAUUUUCAGUGCUAGACUGCAUCAUUUCACUUCAUUCUA